ACCACAGAGAGGUGGGAUGGUUGGUUGACUUAUGUCCUGUUUGGGAGCCUGGACUUUUCUUUCCCUCUUCAGACUGGCACGGAGCCUCUGCUGGUGUUUUGAAGAGCAGACUGAAUGAAGCAGAGAAGCUGAGCUCUUUCUGGGAGGCCUACGGAGACCAACACGAGGCAGCCAGACCCCGGGGGCUGGGGAGCAGGGCGCAGGGCCUGGGGCUGAGGAUGGCCAGGCAGCAGGCACCGCCCUGGGUCCAUGCGGUGGUUCUCCUCCUCUUCCUCCUCAGCCUUGGCGGGGCCAUCGAGAUUCCGAUGGAUCCAAGCAUUCAGAGUGAGCUGACCCAGCCCCCGACUAUCACUAAGCAGUCAGUGAAGGACCACAUCGUGGACCCCCGUGAUAACAUCCUGAUUGAGUGCGAAGCCAAGGGGAACCCUGCACCCAGCUUCCACUGGACUCGUAACAGCAGGUUCUUCAACAUUGCCAAGGACCCACGGGUGUCCAUGCGGAGAAGGUCUGGGACCCUAGUGAUUGACUUCCGCAGUGGCGGGCGGCCUGAAGAAUAUGAAGGGGAAUACCAGUGCUUUGCCCGAAACAAAUUUGGCACAGCACUGAGCAACCGGAUCCGCCUGCAGGUGUCCAAAUCUCCCCUGUGGCCCAAGGAAAACCUGGAUCCCGUCGUGGUUCAAGAAGGGGCCCCUUUGACCCUGCAGUGCAACCCCCCACCUGGCCUGCCAUCCCCCGUCAUCUUCUGGAUGAGCAGCUCCAUGGAGCCCAUCACCCAGGACAAACGUGUCUCCCAAGGCCAUAACGGGGACCUGUACUUCUCUAACGUCAUGCUGCAGGACAUGCAGACCGACUACAGCUGCAACGCGCGCUUCCACUUCACUCACACCAUCCAGCAAAAGAACCCCUUCACCCUCAAGGUCCUCACCACCCGAGGAGUUGCCGAAAGAACACCCAGCUUCAUGUAUCCCCAGGGCACCUCGAGCAGUCAGAUGGUGCUGCGUGGCAUGGACCUCCUGCUAGAGUGCAUCGCCUCUGGAGUACCAACACCAGACAUCGCAUGGUACAAGAAAGGUGGGGACCUCCCAUCUGACAAGGCCAAGUUCGAGAACUUUAACAAGGCCCUGCGUAUUACCAAUGUCUCCGAAGAAGACUCUGGGGAGUACUUUUGCCUGGCCUCCAACAAGAUGGGCAGCAUCCGGCACACGAUCUCGGUGAGAGUAAAGGCUGCUCCCUACUGGCUGGAUGAGCCCAAGAACCUGAUCCUGGCUCCGGGUGAGGAUGGGAGACUGGUGUGCAGAGCCAAUGGGAACCCUAAGCCCACUGUCCAGUGGAUGGUGAACGGGGAGCCACUGCAGUCAGCACCACCGAACCCAAACCGUGAGGUGGCCGGUGACACCAUCAUCUUCCGGGACACCCAGAUCAGCAGCAGGGCCGUGUACCAGUGCAACACAUCCAACGAGCAUGGCUACCUGCUGGCCAAUGCCUUCGUCAGUGUGCUCGAUGUGCCGCCUCGGAUGCUCUCACCCCGGAACCAGCUCAUCAGGGUUAUCUUGUACAACCGGACACGGCUAGACUGCCCCUUCUUCGGCUCUCCCAUUCCCACACUCCGAUGGUUUAAGAAUGGGCAAGGAAGCAACCUGGAUGGUGGCAACUACCAUGUCUACGAGAAUGGCAGUCUGGAAAUCAAGAUGAUCCGCAAAGAGGACCAAGGCAUAUACACUUGUGUGGCCACCAACAUUCUCGGCAAGGCUGAGAACCAAGUCCGCCUGGAGGUCAAAGACCCCACCAGGAUCUACCGGAUGCCUGAGGACCAGGUAGCCAAGAAGGGCACCACCGUGCAGCUGGAGUGUCGCGUGAAGCACGACCCCUCCCUGAGGCUCACCGUCUCCUGGCUGAAAGACGACGAGCCUCUCCACAUUGGAAACAGGAUGAAGAAGGAAGACGACUCCCUGACCAUCUUUGGUGUGGCAGAACGGGACCAAGGCAGUUACACGUGCAUGGCCAGCACCGAGCUGGACCAAGACCUGGCCAAGGCCCACCUCACUGUGCUAGCUGAUCAGGCCGCUCCAACUAACCGUUUGGCUGCCCUGCCCAAAGGGCGCCCAGAGCGACCCCGUGACCUGGAGCUCACUGACUUGGCUGAAAGGAGCGUGAGGCUGACCUGGAUCCCGGGGGAUGAUAACAACAGUCCCAUCACAGACUACGUUGUCCAGUUUGAAGAGGACCAGUUCCAACCAGGAGUUUGGCACGAUCACUCCAAGUUCCCAGGCAGUGUCAACUCAGCUGUCCUCCAGCUGUCUCCAUACGUCAACUACCAGUUCCGGGUCAUCGCUGUCAAUGAGGUCGGGAGCAGCCACCCCAGCCUCCCAUCUGAGCGCUACCGAACCAGCGGAGCACCCCCUGAGUCCAAUCCUGGCGAUGUGAAGGGGGAGGGGACGAGGAAGAACAACAUGGAGAUCACAUGGACGCCCAUGAACGCCACCUCUGCCUUUGGCCCCAACCUGCGCUACAUUGUCAAGUGGAGACGGAGAGAGACCCGAGAGACCUGGAACAACGUCACGGUGUGGGGCUCUCGCUACGUGGUGGGGCAGACUCCUGUCUAUGUGCCCUACGAGAUCCGUGUCCAGGCCGAAAAUGACUUUGGGAAGGGCCCCGAGCCUGACACCGUCAUCGGGUACUCCGGUGAAGAUUAUCCCAGAGCUGCACCCACCGAAGUUAAAAUCCGGGUCAUGAACAGCACAGCCAUCAGCCUUCAGUGGAACCGCGUCUACUCUGACACGGUCCAGGGCCAGCUCAGAGAAUACCGAGCCUACUACUGGAGGGAGAGCAGCUUGCUGAAGAACCUGUGGGUGUCUCAGAAGAGACAGCAAGCCAGCUUCCCUGGUGACCGCCCCAGGGGUGUGGUGGGCCGCCUCUUCCCCUACAGCAACUACAAGCUGGAAAUGGUUGUGGUCAAUGGGAGAGGCGACGGCCCUCGCAGCGAAACCAAGGAGUUCACCACCCCAGAAGGAGUACCCAGUGCCCCCAGGAGGUUCCGAGUCCGGCAGCCCAACCUGGAGACCAUCAACCUGGAAUGGGAUCACCCGGAACACCCCAAUGGGAUCCUGAUUGGAUACACUCUCAAAUACGUGGCCUUUAAUGGGACCAAAAUGGGAAAGCAGGUGGUGGAAAACUUCUCUCCCAAUCAGACCAAGUACUCAGUGCAGAGAGCAGACCCUGUGUCCCGCUACCGCUUCACCCUCAGCGCCAGGACACAGGUGGGCUCUGGGGAAGCCAUCACAGAGGAGUCUCCAGCGCCCCCGAAUGAAGCCACUCCAACUGCAGCUCCUCCCACGUUGCCCCCGACUACUGUGGGUGCCACAGGCCUUGUGAGCAGUACUGAUGCUACUGCCCUCGAUGCCACCACUGAAGCCACAACAGUCCCCAUCAUCCCAACUGUCGCACCUACCACCGUCGCCACCACCGUCGCCACAACUACUACCACCACUGCUGCCACCACCACUACGGAGAGCCCUCCCACCACCACCUCCGGGACUAAGAUUCAGGAACCUGCCCCUGAUGAGCAGUCCAUAUGGAACGUCACGGUGCUCCCCAACAGUAAAUGGGCCAACAUCACCUGGAAGCACAAUUUCGGGCCCGGAACUGACUUUGUGGUUGAGUACAUUGACAGCAACCAUACGAAAAAGUCUGUCCCUGUUAAGGCCCAGGCCCAGCCUAUACAGCUAACAGACCUCUAUCCCGGGAUGACGUACACAUUGCGGGUGUAUUCCCGGGACAACGAGGGCAUCAGCAGUACCACCAUCACCUUUAUGACCAGUACAGCUUACACCAACAACCAGGCAGACAUCGCCACCCAGGGCUGGUUCAUUGGGCUCAUGUGUGCCAUCGCCCUUCUGGUGCUGAUCCUGCUCAUCGUCUGCUUCAUCAAGAGGAGUCGCGGUGGCAAGUACCCAGUGCGAGAAAAGAAGGAUGUCCCCCUAGGCCCCGAAGACCCCAAAGAAGAGGAUGGCUCAUUUGAUUACAGCGAUGAGGACAACAAGCCGCUGCAGGGCAGCCAGACGUCUCUGGAUGGGACCAUCAAGCAGCAGGAGAGUGAUGACAGCCUGGUGGACUAUGGGGAAGGCGGCGAGGGCCAGUUCAACGAAGACGGCUCCUUCAUCGGCCAGUACACGGUCAAAAAGGACAAGGACGAGACAGAGGGCAACGAGAGCUCAGAGGCCACAUCACCCGUCAAUGCCAUCUAUUCUCUGGCCUGACGGAGCACCCCAGGAGCAGCCACGACUUCGCAAGUAGGAGGAGGGGAGAGGGGGAGACAGCCACUGCAGACCUACGGCAAAGCUACCACCACCUUCAGGGACAAGGGUGCACCAUGGGGUUCUGCCAAGCUGUGAGGACUGGUGCCCAACCAGUUACCUACAAGCUCCCUCCCGAUGAUGCCCCAAUACCCCUGACUGUCACCAGUGUGGAGGAGCUAGAGCUAUGCUCACUGGAGGGAGCCCUGGUCCCUGGCCCUGCCUUGUAGCCACCCUGUGCGUUCCACCACACCGCCUGCCCUUGACCUUGGCACACAUGCCCCUCACCCAUUUUUGUUGGUUAUGGUACUUUCUUUCUUUUUUUUUCCUUUUCUUAGCUUUGUGCUUCUUCCUCAUCCACACCCAAUGUCUCCAUUUUCUUUUCCUUUGAAAAUGUUCCUGGAAAAAGAAUAGGUGGGCUCUCCCCCAGGAAACCACAAGAGAGGCAAAAAGGAUUGACCCAUAAACACAACAUGCGGAAAAGCCGUAGUAUUCAAGCUGCCACUGGGCCGGCGUGUUUCCCAAGGAUGCCUUUCUCGCCAUAUGCCUCCCCUCCCCCACCCAUCUGCCUCAGCCUUGUCCAUGCUGAGCUGGGCUUGGCUCCUUUCUGGAAGAAAAAAAAAAAAAUGACAGUAUUUUUGGCAGGGACAGAGUGGGCAGGCCUCCUUGCCACACUCUGGUUCUGUUGGGAGGGAUGUUUACCUCUUGCUCCUCGUUCUCACCCUGGCCCUGCCUCCAGAAAGUCCACAAAUGAGCUGCACCGACUCUAGAAGACGCAGGAAGAGGAAUGGGAAGGACGCCAGUGACUGGGGCCCAGGCAGAAGCAAGUCGGGGCCUGGUCCCUGGGAAACUUGGUGUGCCUAUGGAGAGAAGAAAGGACUGGGUCUGGACUUCCUGCUAGCGGUGAAACCCAGGCUUGAGAGAAGACCAUACCCAUCCACGUGGUCUGGAGUCGACGCUGCUACCCUCAAGGAACUGACACCCUGUGAUGCAGGAGCCUGGCUGAUGUGUUUGGGGGGGAAGGUGAAGGCACUGCUCCCCCUUCCAUCUCUAGCAGCUAUCUUCUCCUUUUUCAAUUGUGUCUGACUCCAACUUGUGUUUGACUCGGUUUCUGGAUGGGGACCUGCUACCCCCAGACUGAGCCUAUCUGUCCUUGAAUUAGGGUACAUACAUAUCAGGGUACUGUGAGGUGCACUGUAUUAGUGGUACUGUGACGCCUCUGCCUGGAAGGACACAAUGCUCUUCGUAUGCCUUAUGCAGCUCUGAUCUACCCCCUGCAGUUCCUAGAUUCUCAGCCCCACCCUGCAAGCCUUGAGGCCUCCAGUGAUGUGUGUGUCUCGAGAUCAGGGCAGCCUAUGCAAGUGUUCCUUCAGGACCAGAAGCAGCCACACACACACACACACACACACACACACACACACACACACCCUAACCCCGCUGCCCAAAUGGAGAUACUCUCGCAGGCCUGCGGUUUUUCAGCCUGAAGGUGCUGCCUUCGUCCCCCACCUAAUCCACUUUGAAACCAAAGGUACCUAACCUCCAUGACGCAGAGUGCGGAAAGAUCUUGAGCUAGAGUGUCACCCUGUAUCUGUGUCUGCAGCCUGAGGCAGUCGCUGGGCGGGGGAAGCUGACUGCCCAGAUCACACGUCACUGGCAUGGCCUCCAAUUGGAGCCUCCAACUACUGGCCAGGGGCCUGGGCAGGACCAGAGCUGUUCCUUUCAGAGACUUUCCUAAAGAAUCAUUUGCCACACUUUUAAGCCGCAGAGGUAUUAGCAAUGCUUUGCGUCCUGUUGAAGGUCAAACCCAUAUACACACUCUAUAGGUAAGACACCGUACCCCAGAGCUGAGCCAAUAAUGUUGUUUGAACCAGA